GUAGUCUUAGUUCGGAUAUCGUAUACUCAUCGUAUAUAUUUCGCUUUUUCUCGCUCGAAACAUAAAUCGAAAUUAAAACAUGUGUUAGAUUUUUAAUUUAGAACUUAUUCUCGGAUCGAACAUCUCCAUAUUUUUAUCCGGGACAGUUCGCGUUUCUUUACAUAAAAAAAAGUACCUCUAGAAAUACGUCUGUCAUUGCAAAUUUGCAAUCGUAGAUCUAUUAAGAAUUUAGGGACCAUUAUCCCUAGUUAUGGUCGUUAAUAAAAUUUAUAAUACGCAGAAAAUAAAUAUUCCGAAGGGAAAUCUUUGGAAUAGAACGAUAUAUAUAGUGGUAUAUAGUAAUACGCGACUUUGUCAGCAUUGAAUAAUUUUUCAAAUUCGAUACUCUUUUCAAGUGUGUCAAAAAUGCGUCCAACAGAGUAUGCAAUAUGAAGAUAAAUCGAAGGAAAAACUAUUCUAAUGGAGUAUUUGAAAACGACGAAGUUCUGCUAAAUAUUAACAAAUUCACAAAAAUAAGUAUAGUAUGAUGAGAAGAGGCUGGGAAGACAUAGAGAAAUGGAAACAUUCGAAUCAGAAAGAAGAUAUCGAGACGAAGCCGAGUCCCUUCCUCUCAACUGCACCAUCUACCGUUUGGGGUGAUAGAAUUGUGACUGAACAAUCGACAGAAGAGGAAAAAGGAACUUUGAAUUUCGGAAUUUAUUCAAUUCCGAACACAUCCGACUCGACAAUUUCGACUAAUGUAUUACCCUUGGUGAAUAAUAAUUCAAUUGAUGUGUCAUCCUCGGUAAAUAAUAAUUCAAUUGGUAUAUACAAUUCAAUUGAGAAUGCUACAAACAACGAAUCAACCAAAGAAGCGUUCAAAGAAGCGUCUCAAUUUCCUAGACUGUGUAAAUUAUGUGACCAUGUUGCAACAGAAAGAAUGGAGUAUUGCGAACAUAUGGCUUAUCAUUUUGUAUUUAACAAAACGACAUAUGUCGAAAACUAUUCAAGCAAAUAUGUCGAGGAUGAAGAAACUGACGAACUCGACGGUGAAUCACAGACCAAGGGAAAGAAGAAAAAUAAAAACUUCAAACCUAGACAUUGCAGUAAGUGCGGCUUUGAAACGACAAAGAAAUCAGUGCUAUGGCUGCAUUUGCGUCAGCACUUUAUGAACGACGAAUUGACCGGAUACGUGUGUCCCUGGUGUCCGUUUGCCAGCACGCUCAAGCAUCACAUGAGCUUCCACUGGUCCAGUGCCCACGACGAUUUCAAAGGGUUCACGUGCACGCAAUGUCAGUACACAUGCGUGAGCAAAUCGAUGCUGACCAGCCAUAUGAAGACGCACUCGGAUGUCUAUCAGUACAACUGCGCGAACUGUAUGUACAAGACGAAAUUCUGCAAUGCGAUGAAGAAGCAUUUGAAAGAUACCUCGCACGAGCCGAAAAUGGUGUUGAAUCCGGAUGGCACGCCGAAUCCAUCCGUCACCAUCGACGUUUACGGUACUAAGCGCGGGCCCAGACGAAAAACGGCCGUAAGAAACGAGGAUCCGAGAGUAAUGAGCAUCGAAAGUAUGCCAUCGUGCUCAGGGCACACUUUUCCGGUCUCGGUAGUUCCGGCCUCGUCGAAUCCGAUGUCGCCGAUCUCGGCUGCACUGUCGACAGCUUCGACCUACUUGGAGCCGGACAUAGCUUCAAUGUCACCAGCGCGGAUGUCAUCGGACCGGAUGUCACCAGCCCGAAUGUCACCGAUCCAAAUCACGUCAACCCCGACCUCAUCGUCUCAAUCCAACCCAUCAUUGUCUAUGAUUGCUCGUUAUUUAAGUAGAACGAGUAGUACUGAGAACACAAGUCUCUAUUCAAGUCUCUAUUCAAAUUUCUUAUCCUACAUUGACAAGACCUUGUCUACGUCUUCAGAUAUAAAGAAAUAUAAUAAUAGGGAAAUGUUUAACUUAAUGAUGUUUCACAUAUUCAAUAUGGCGUUGUUAGAAUGUAAGGAUAAUGACGACGAGGAACAUAGACGAAUUGAAUGUUUCAAAGAAAAGUUGAAAAAAUAUUAUUUAUUUUAUAACGAAAAGUCGAUCGAAUUUAUGGCUAACGCUAAUAAUGCGCCUCUUUCGGACGAUCCGUCAUCUAUUAAUGAACCCUCCACCUCUACGAAUUCAACCCUGGAACGUCAGCCGAUGGAGGCACAGCAAUUUCCGGAGGAACCGUUAGAUCUGAGUAUGGCUGCUAUGUUAAGGCGGAAAAGUCAGCAACUUCAGGAAUCAAUUGCGAGCUGCUCAACAAAAUUCACGGAUAACAAACGUAAGCGCAAAGCAACGGAACUAGAAUAUUCCACGAUAGCUAAGAAAGAGCAAAAUAUCAACCGGACGAAACCCUCUGAUUCAGAGUUUUCAACAGUAGGUCAAUUAAAUUCUCAAAGAGAAAAUCCAAAUCUUCAUGUCAAAGAAAAUUCAAAUUUAAAUAGACGAUUUAUUUGUAAUUAUUGUCAAAUAAUAUUUGGAAAUGAGACCAUGCAUUCAAUACAUAUGAAUUUUCAUGACUCCAAGGAUCCUCUAGCGUGCGCUUUGUGCAAUAACAAAUCUAAAGACACGAUAAGCUUCUUUUUGCAUUUGGUCGGUACAAAACAUUGAGAAAAAAAAUGUGCUGAAGUAAAUAGUACAUCACAUAUAUCGUGCAGAAAGAAAGAAAGAGGGAAUUUUUCCGUAUUAUAUUUUCCAAUUUAUGUUCUGACUGUUUCUAUUAUUUACUCUUAUUGAUCGUGGAACGUUCUAGUCAUGUCUUUAUUUUACUAGUCAGAUAAGUGUAAAACUCGAGUGUAAAACACUCGUUACAUCAAUUAAUGACAUAUGUCGAUAGAUGAUUCUCUAUUUAAAACAUUUAGAUAAUGUUGCCAUAAUUUUGUCAUCUACCGAUAUUUUUGACAAACAGGUGUUGAAACCAAAAUAAUUAUUCCAAAUUUAUUUAAUUUUCUGUGUAAGUAUUUUGUAUAAUAUUAAAAUGUAAAGGUAAAUACAAAGAUAAAUAGCAAGUAAUGUAAAAAUAAAUGCAAAGAUUAUAUUUAUAUUUAUAGCUAUUCUGGUUUCGAGUCCUGGCAAUGACAAUGAAAGCAGAAACAAAAGGAUUUUUUAUCCUUGAUAAUAUUUCUUUAACAAAAAAUAUAGGAAUUUCAUAUAAAAAUUUUUCAAUAUAAUUUUCAAUAAAAUUUAAGAUUUUUGUAUUCAUGUAAAAUUGAUUAUUCAUUUUGUAUUAUUAUUUAAUUUCAAUAUAUGAAUCAUCAACGGAUUAUAUCUUUGAGAUUACAUUUCUUGGAUUAAGUUUGUCAUUUUUCAUAAUUUCUUUUACAAAUUUUUUUAUGGAAUUUCUUUUUGUAUCCUGCACGUAACAUAUAUGCGUAAUUGUACACACUUAGGCAAUAAAAAAGAAAGAUAGUUAUAUGUCAUUAGAUAAAA